AAAGUCAGUUGGCAUAUGAUCUUUGUGUUGUUGUUCCCCGAUUCAGAAUAUCCACCAGUUGGCGUACUUUUACCAAUCUCUGGCUCUCCCGAUCCUUUUAGCGUGGCCAUCGGGAAAUCGGCAGUCAUGAGCACCCUUCGACUGCAAAAGCGGCUUGCCGCUGCUGUUAUGAAAUGCGGCAAGAAUAAAGUUUGGUUGGAUCCAAAUGAAACUUCCAUGAUUUCAAAUGCCAAUUCAAGGCAAAAUGUUCGUAAAUUGAUCAAAGAUGGUCUGAUUAUCCGAAAACCUGUAGCUGUCCAUUCUCGUGCAAGAGUGCGAAAGAAUACAAUCGCUCGUAGAAAAGGUCGUCACACAGGACGAGGUAAAAGAAAGGGUACUGCAAAUGCACGUAUGCCUGAAAAAGUAAUCUGGAUUCGGCGAAUGAGAGUUCUUCGACGUCUUCUGAGAAAAUACAGAGAAUCGAAAAAGAUCGACAAGCAUAUGUACCAUGAACUUUACUUGAAAGCUAAAGGUAAUGGAUUCAAGAAUAAGCGUAUCCUUAUGGAACAUAUUCACAAAGAAAAGGCCAAGAAGUCGAGAACAAAGAUGUUCAUUGACCAGGCGGAAGCUCGUCGCCAAAAGAACAAGGAGGCCAGAAGAAGAAGGGAAGAGAGAAUUCAGACCAAAAAGAAGGAAAUGCUUUCAGCACUUGCAAAAGAGGACGAAGCUGUCAAGAAGGAGUGAAUUCUAUUUGCCUUUUAAAUUUCUGUGGCUAUAUUCACUACAAUUGUACAACAAAUAGUGCAAAUACU